AUGAAGCAAUCCUUUGCUGCGUGGAUCGUGUUGCUGAGCUCCUGGCCGCUGCCGACGAGCGGAACACAGUGCCGUUGCUACACCAGCUGUCCAGAUCCAGAUGACUACUGCAUCGAGACGGACGGCGAGGGCCAGUUUGUGGUGGUCGAUGGCACCCCAAAGGUCUGUCAGACUUGGGAUGAUAGCUGCGAGGAAGGCCGUUGCUACACCAACAUUCCCACCAGCGAGGAUGCCAGGAUUCAACACAUUAGCUCCGAGCUGGAAGAAGUGGACAACUUCUUUACGUAUGUGGGAGUGGCCAAAUGUAUCCUCUCCAUUGCCAUGCUUCUGUGGAAAAGCUGCAAAGGCCAAAAAGGCAGCAGCAAGCGCCCCAAGUGGGUCACGGGCUGGUUUGUAACUUCCGAAGUGCUGCAAGCCACAGCCUUCAUGUUCAAGAAUGUUGACUGGACCGAUGCCGCGGUUUCCUACAUGGGGGGAGCCUACGAGCCAUGCUCGCCCAAUCACGUCACUUGUUUGUCCAUCUCUGUAGAGUGCGUCCUCUUAAGCAUCGUCUCUCUUCUGCAGAUCAUCGAUGCCUUGGUCACCAUGUGCCUGCCAGAACCCCAAGAAGCAGGAAAGUGGGCUGGCUGCCAGGACCGCCUUGAGUUUCUUUUUGAAUACGUUCUGCCUCAAGCCGUCAUCACCGUGUGUUGGGUGUUGUGGGCCAUGCGGGCCGUAGAGCCAGGCUAUUGCGACAUCCUCCCUUUGCUGCUGCUUGUGGCAAGUCUCACGUGUUUAUGUUGCUCUUGCUGCUGCAGCUCGAGGGCCUUCUAUGUUGAGGCAAGGAGCAAGGGUGAGCAAGAACCACCCGCGAAGUCAGACACAGUGUGA